UCAUGGUGAGGGCGGCUCCGGAUCCCUCCGUCCGUCCAGGCAGGCGGGGGCGAGCAGGCUACUACUGUGAUAGCAGUUGGAUUGACAAUAGCUGCUGCUGGAUUUGCAGGUCGUUAUGCAUUACAAGCUAUGAAGCAAAUGGAACCACAAGUAAAACAAGCCCUUCAGAGUCUGCCAAAAUCAGCCUUCAGUGGUUAUUACAGAGGUGGAUUUGAUCCCAAAAUGACGAAACGAGAAGCAGCUUUAAUAUUAGGAGUGAGUCCUACAGCCAAUAAAGGUAAAAUUCGGGAAGCUCACAGACGGAUCAUGCUUUUGAAUCAUCCAGAUAAAGGUGGUUCUCCCUAUGUGGCAGCCAAAAUCAAUGAAGCUAAAGAUUUACUGGAAGGCCAAGCUAAGAAGUGAAUGUGGAUAUUUAGUUGUAAAUUAAUGGUUUAGUUUAUGCAUAUUAAUAUCAGUUUUGAUAACUGACCCAAGGAAAGUUGACACCAAUCUUUUUUACUUGAUCAAUGAUUAAACUAAUGCAGGGAACCCUCCCCCAUCCCCCC